AUGCUAUUUCGCCGGAUUUUCAUACGGAUUGGUGAAUCGGAAAUCUUCGAAGGGUUUGUUUUGGUUUGCAUAAUCUGCAGUUGCGUGUUUUUAUUCACUCUAGCUCCAUAUGAUGAUAUUCCAAACUAUCCGUAUCUCAUUAGCCCUUCGAUUUCCCGUAUCACAGAUUUGAUAUUCAACAUCAUUUUUUCGGUAGAGAGCUUUAUCAGGAUCAUGAAUGUUGGUUUCAUUUUCUCAGAGGGAGCCUAUCUCCGAUCCCCUUGGAAUGUCUUGGACUUUGUUGUACUCUGCGUCUCCUGGCUCCAAAAUUUAGUGAAAUUCCAGUCGCUUUCAAAUGCAAAGAUUUUGAGGCUUGUAAGAGCGUUGAGGCCUCUGAGAGUCAUGAAGCAGAACAGGGGUAUGAGAAACACGAUUAAUGCACUUGUUCUGUCACUGGUGCCUCUCUGUUACAUCUUCUUUUUCUUGGGCUUCAUAAUCUCAGCCUUUGGAAUAGUUGCUAUGGGUUUGUUUGGUGGAAAAUUUUUCAGCUGC